AUGGCUAUUCAGUGUGGUUUUCUAGUUUCCUUCGCAGCAAAGUACAAAGAUGAGUCAUUAUGGUAUUUGGCAUCACUUUUUUAUGCCCCAUCUUUUUUAUUUUGGAUUGGUGCCUUUUGUCGACGCAAAGCAGAUCUUCGCAGAUUCUUUAUCGUCUGGGCUCUGUACAUGUGGCUCGGCUUGCUUCCAAAUACUGUGAUAAUAUUUGGUUUUGUGGUUGAUGAUAUUAAAGAGGAGAGCCCCCUUACUCCUCAAACCUUGAAGAUAGUGCUCUGUAUCACCCCUCUUCUUCUGCUCCUUUUGGUAAACACCGCCAAGGACUCGUAUAGCUCCGGUAACAAAGAGUUGGUUGCAAAGUUAUCUGUCCAGAUGGCUAUAGAUCUCUUCGACGCCGUCGAGAUGCUGGACAUUAUUUUGGACGAGAAAGAACACAAAUUCAACAUUUCCAAAGGGUAUGAAAUCGCAAUGAUAUGCGUAGUGUGCAUCAGUUUCUGCCUAUCGCCAUGGCAGAUGGCGGAAAACAAAGUCUCACGUUGGAGUGAACCCAAGACGCGCUACAAAACCUCCUUACUUCGUAACGUGGUUGAAAUGUUUGGGGUAAAUGCGGCGUUCUUGGUCAUUCGUGUGUUGGUGUUUGUGAACUAUGGAAAAGAUGAGACCAUCUUUAUAGCAAAGAACGUCAUCGCAAUUAUCCUGUCGGUGUUGGAAGUAGUUCAUCUUUGUGUUUCACAUUAGAUGUUGGCAGCCACAAGAUAUAAUCGAGAAACUGCAUGUUUCAAGAUGAAAUUGCUGAAGUUCCCUUCGGACAGGAUUUUAGUAAAAAUAUUGUGUGCACUCUAUAGCACAUGUAGCAGAUGCUUGAUACGUUGUUGAAUUCAAAAGAAGUUAAGAACAUAAGCCUUUCAGACAGGACACUGAUUGAUUGUCUUUCGUUAUUCUGAUUAUUCUUAUUUGAGUCGUUGUAGUUUUGGGUAGUAUUAAAAGCAGCGGUGUAAACCAAUAGAAAUGAUGAUGAUGAUGAUGACGAUGAUGAUGAUUUAAAGAAAAACAUUAAAUGGUGAUUUUUUUUUUUACCCACGAAGCACUGAGGACUUCUUAAAAACUCGUUUAAACGUGUCCGUACUUUCCAGAUCGAAUUGGACUAUGGGAGACUUGGUUUGAUCGAGGAGACCGAGGACAACCGGAGUGCCCGGAGAGAAAAACCUCUCGGAGCAAUGAUGACAGCCAACAGCAAACUCAGCCCACAUUGGUGGCAGUUGAGUAAUUCUCUCACCACUGACUGCGCCACCCUUACUCCCCAAUGAUGACGAAAGAUGUUCUUGUAUUCUUAUAUAUUAUUUUUGGAAUUAACUAUAAGCCUCUUUUAUGGGCUACUAAGAAUAUCAGACUUUAUUUUACCUUAAUCCCUCUUUUACCUGGAGAAAUUGUCAGAGCAAGAAAGACUACACGUUUCAAUGUCUCCAGAAGCCCAAAACGUGCUUAUAUUAGUAUGAGUUUUUCGGUCAACUGUAUAUUAAAUAGAACUUUAAAUACCCCUGGAUAAUUCGGGCAAAUGGCGCAAGACCACGGAUUAAUCCGCUGAGUGUAAGCAUCUUGAGGACAGAUAUGAUGACCUUACUCGUCUUCUCUGCAAUUAACAAUCCUUUUUAAGAUGUUGUUGUUGUUGUUGUUGCUGUCGUUUUGUUUUGCUUCCAGAUAAUUGCUUGCCAAGCUUAUCACCUGACAUCAAAAAUACAUUUCUGGGAAAAGGCACAUGAAGCCUCUCUAUUUUCUCGGAAAACCUCUCGCCCAUUUUGAGCUGUUUGCAUUGUCAUACUAAAUUUCGGAAUGACGCUUCCUCUUGUGUUCAGUAUGUACCUAAAUGUAAUACAUCUUAAAUUGCCUGUCUUCUCUUUGUCUUUUUGUUGUUGUUUUGUUUUAAUUACUGGCUUAUUAAAGAAAAAUCGUUUUCCAAUAGAAUCUGAAGUGAAAUAUGACCGCCAGUGCAAUUUACUAACAAAACAAAUUAACAAUGUACUUUCUUAGAAAUUCUUAGUGACGCUUCUCCAGUUUCUUGGAAGCCGGCGUUUUACCCCCUUUGACAUAUUUGAGCUGUAUAGUCCAAUUCUGUAAUCUUGCAUCUUUGUCGGUUACUCAUUGCAGUUUACCAUUAGUUUUAAUUAUAUACUUACUGCAGCAGUAGAACAUGGAAAUUAUCCACUGGGGAAAAACCAGACCCUUCUUCCUAACUUUCCUACUGCAAAGGGUGACGUCAUACAGCAACACUGAAUCACGAAACAUUUUUAUCUGACGUCUCGUUUGACAAGUAGUCAAUUUGGCGUUUUUCUAUUGGUCAAGGUUGCAUUUCAGCAUGUGCGAAAGGUAUAUGACCGUUAAACAUUUUCGGUUCAGACACCAUUCGUCAUGUCUUCGUGUAUCUUGUGGAGCGGGCGUGUAACAUUUUUCGCCCUGUUAGUAACUCAGGGCAUUUUGCUGGCCUCUUAUCCGGCAAAAUACAAAGAAGAUUCUGGUUGGUAUGCCGCAGCUGCUUUAUACGUCCCUUCCAUCGUGCUGUGGCUUUACCUGCUCUGGGUAAACGCGGCAAACGUUGGCGCUUUAUUUUUUGUAUGGGCAUUUUACAUUAUAGUCGGCUUGGUACCAAGCAUUGGCAUUGUGUUUGGGGUUGCAGGAGAUGGCCUAGGGAAUAACGAUAUGACACUUGGUCCGAUUAUUCUGAAGGCAACGCUCUGUGCAUUACCUCUUCUGCUGAUAAUACUUCUGAACACUGCAAGCGACGCAAAUAACCAAGAUAACAAAACCGUAGUUUACAAGUUGUGCGUCCAGUUGGCAGUGGAUCUGUUAGACGCAGUGGAAAUGAUAGACAUCGUUCUGGACGAGAAGGAACACAACUUUGGUAUAUCUAAAGGAUUUGGCAUAGCAAUGAUUACCGUGGCCUGUUUUAGUUUCCUCCUGACGUUUUGGCCGAUGAUAGAGGCUGGAAUGGGUGAAGAAACGGAAAAGACUUCAAUAAUAAUUCGCAACUUCGUUGAGAUAUUUGGCGUCAAUGGGGUCUUCCUUAUUAUUCGCGUGGUGAUAGUAUUUAAAUAUGAAAAAGACGAGUCAAUCUUCAUCGCCAAAAACAUCAUCGCCAUCAUACUUUCUAGUCUUGAAAUCCGCGACAACUUUAAUUAG